UUUGGAAGGAAGCACUUCCGCCAGCAACAUAUUCAGAAUUUUCAGCAUCACGAUGUAUUAAAUCAACAAAUAAGUAACUAUGCUAGAAGUUGGUUUGCGAGUGACUCGUGGACCAGAUUGGAAAUGGGGGAACCAGGACGAUGGUGAAGGUCACAUAGGGACUGUGGUUGAGAUAGGGAAGCCUGGAAGUUCGACCUCACCUGAUAAAACAGUUGUUGUGCAGUGGGAUUCUGGAUCCCGUACCAACUACAGAGUGGGCUACCAAGGAAAAUAUGAUCUUCGUGUGCUGGAUAAUGCACCUGUUGGCGUAAAACAUCCAAACAUUAUAUGUGAUAUCUGCAAGACCCAGGGUAUCUCUGGAAUGAGAUGGAAGUGUACCAAGUGUUUAGACUAUGAUCUGUGUACAGAUUGUUAUAUGAAUGAUAAACAUGAUCUUGGUCAUGCCUUUCUACGUUUGGAAACAUUUUCCUCCAAAGGAGUAAAAAUGCCAAAAAGAAAAGAUACUGUGAAUAGUACAAAAGUGAGAGCCCAGGGAUUAAUUAAUGGAGCAAGAGUUGUACGUGGACCAGAUUGGGACUGGGGAAAUCAAGACGGUGGAGAAGGAAAAAUUGGAAAGAUCACUGAGAUUCGAGGAUGGGAUUCUGAAUCGGAGAGAAGUGUGUCAAAUGUUGCAUGGCAGACAGGAUCUACCAAUGUAUACAGAGUAGGACAUAAAGGAAAAGUAGACUUAAAAUAUGUGACAGCUGGUCAAGGCAUUUAUUAUUAUAAGGAGCACCUGCCUGUAUUAGGAGAGUUUUCAGAUUCAGUCACUCAGUCCGGAGUUGCUUGUCCAUUUAAAGUUGGUGAGAAAGUUCAAGUUGACCUUGACCCAGAAAUUCUCAAGGCCAUGCAGGAAGGUCAUGGUGGAUGGAAUCCCAGAAUGGCUGAUUAUAUUGGAAAAGUGGGAGUGGUCCAUAGAAUAACUGACAGGGGAGAUGUAAGAGUUCAAUAUGAAGGAUGUUCUAACCGUUGGACAUUCCAUGCAGGGGCAUUAACAAAGGUACAUGCAUUCAGAGUCAAUGAUCAGGUGAAAGUGUCACAUAAUAUACAUCUAGUCAAAGAAAAACAGAAGGGACAUGGUGAAUGGUCAGAGAGUAUGAGAGCUAUUUUAGGAAAACAGGGAAGAAUUAUAUCAAUUUACCCUGAUGGUGAUCUGAGAGUAACUGUCAAUGGGAACACAUAUACAUUAAACCCUAUCUGCUGUACUGUACCUUCCCAAGAGCCUGAUGUUAAUAACACUGAUCGGAUUCCUGAUAGAGAACAUAGUACCUCAAUGCAAACACUACUUGACCAUCUGAAGGAGCCAUCACUUUCAGUAGAAACUGGUCCUGAUAGACUUGUCAGAGAAUCAGCUCAAGGACAUACAGAUAUUGUUAAAGAUAUUGUCACAAAACACCCAGAUAAAGUAGAUUUAAAAAGUGCCGGUAAAACAGCCUUGCAGGUAGCCUGUCAUCAAGGACAUAAAGAUAUUGUACAGAUAUUGUUGGAUGCUGGGGCUAACCUGGAACUACAGGAUGAUGAUGGAGAUACUGCUCUUCAUUACUCUGCCUUUGGUUACCAAGCUGAAAUAAUGGAAAUGUUAUUGAGGAAAGGAGCCCAGAUAAACUCCCUAAAUAAUGGAGGGUGCAGUUCAUUGCAUGUUGCUGUGAACAAACAGCAUUUAGAGUGUGCCAAAAUAUUACUGCGAUAUAAGUGUAAUGUAAAUAUACAGGACUCUUAUGGAGAUACAUGUCUUCAUGAUGCCAUUGGUAAAGAAAACAGACAAAUUAUAGACAUGUUAGUCAAUUAUAAUGGAAUAGACUUUACAUUAAGGAAUAAAAGAGGAUUCAAUGUGCUACAUCAUGCUGCUCUUAAAGGAAACAGCUUUGCUACAGAGAAGAUACUGUUGAAGUGUAGACAGAUUGUGGACAUUAAGAAAGAUGAUGGAUUCUCAGCUGUACAUUUAGCUUCUCUUAAUGGACAUAAAGAUGUCACUAAUGUGCUGCUGACUCAGGGCCAAGCUGAUAUUGAGAUCAGAAACAACAGACAACAAACACCACUACUACUUGCUGUAUCCCAAGGACAUACCUCUAUCAUUGAACUACUUGUAACAAGAGGUGCUGAUAUAAAUGUCAAAGAUGAAGAUGGAGACACAUGUUUACAUGUAGCUCUAAUGAGACAGUCUGUACCUCAGGAGAGAGAGCCAACGCCCAUGUUAGAAGCUAUAUGUAAUCAGCUUGGGAUGGCAGACGAUGAAGAUCAGAUGGGUGCUGCUAUUGCUUGUUAUCUUGCCCAACAAGGUGCCAGUCUCACGCAUAAAAACAACCAGGGUAAAACACCACUAGAAGUUUGUGGAGAUUUUAGGGUUGAAGAAAUGAUCAAACAGUUUACUACAGCACAGGCCAGUAAAUCAGACCCACAGUCAUCAUUAGAGAAAGAAUCUCUCGUACAAGAAUGUAUGGUUUGUUCAGAAAACAUGGCGUGUAUAAAAUUCAUGCCAUGCGGACAUGUUAUAACCUGUUUUGACUGCUGUCAGAAGAUGAAAAAAUGUAUAUUAUGUAAAGAAACUAUAGAUAGUAAAACUUGUCCAGAUGGUACAGAGGUAACAGCAACAAGAGAACAUCCUGCUGCUGGAGUUAUGGAGUCAAACUUACUGCAGAAGAAACUCCAAGAAAUGGAAGAGAACUUUCUUUGUUCUAUUUGUAUGGAACGGAAACGGAACAUGGCAUUUUUAUGUGGACACACUGUGUGUAAUAUUUGUGGGGAUUCAUUACGAACCUGUCAUAUGUGUCGCAAACCCAUUACUAAAAAGAUUCCAUUAUAUGCAUGAUUAUGUGGUUGAAGUCUUUCAGAAAGUGAAUUUGUUGGACUGUAUUCAGUUUUAUGUACAAAUACUCCUAGUAUUUAUUUUUUAAUUGCUAUAAGAUAAAUAACAACAGAAACCUAUGCUUCUUAAAAUGUAUGAUUAUUUCCGAGUAUUUCAUUGAUUUGUAUUUGCUUCACAUCAUGGGCAUUUCCCUUCUUCUCUUAAUAUAAAUUAUUCUCACUUUUUACAAAAUUCUCUGCCAUGGUUACUUUUACUUCCAAUAGAAAAUUUACAUAAGAAAACAUUAGAUGUGAAUGUUUCAAAUGCAAUACCUAAAUAGAUUUUGUAGGUAUUCAUUUAAUUUUGAGAUAAAUUAGAGUUAAGUGCUUUAGUACAUGUAUGGCUAAGCUAUAUUACUGUAGGAAAGUUUCAGGAAAUUCUUGCAACGAUUUUGUUUUAAACAUAUCAAAAUCUAAUGGUUGCAAAUGUCUAUGUCAAUGUUAGCUUGUUAGAAAAUGGAUACAGCAGUGAAAUGAUAGAUAGGUGUUUGGAAAUAUUAAAAGUACAAAAUUGCUAUUUAGUUUCAAAGAGUAAAAUAGUUUUCAUACAGAAUAAGUCACAUUAGGCAAGCAUGACAUCACAUGAGUUAGAUGUUAUGAACAGUACAAUUUGUAUCAGUGUUAAAUUUUUCUUUUUCAUUUCAUUUUUUACAUUAAAUUAAACAAAUUCAUUAAAAUGGGAAAUAAAAUAUAAAAACUCAAUACAGUCCAAUAAAUUCUUUGUGCAGUAUUGAUCUUGAGAUUUAUGCAAAUAAUUUUGUAACAGUAUAAUGGAUUUUCAUUGGUCAAGUAGUCUUUCAUUCAUAAGUUAUAUAUCACCUCAUGAAUAAUGUGCAUUAAGUUCACUCUAUGUGUGCUUUAAUUUGAAAUUUUAGUAUUGUAAUAUUAAAGUAUUAGUAUGUUUUAUUAAUUAUGGAUUUUAAGGAAAAUAAAACAAAUGUAGAUGGAACAUUGGGAACCUCCACAAUACAAAUAAAAAGACUGACCUACUUAUUAGUGUGUAGGAAUAUUAUUGAAAACAGUUUAUUUAUCUCAAACUUUGUAAUAUCACCUUUGUAUGCAUAAUGUCAUAAAGUAGGAUGUCAGACAGAAAUGAUCAAACCUUGCCCCAACUUCGUAAUUCAGACAAAUUUUCUUUCGGUUGUACACAUUUUGGUGGCAGUCUGGCAAAAUGUCAGGUAACCUGUCUGACAGUUUUUGGAAAUCUUUGUUUACUGUAUUCUUAAUGUAUAAUGUGCAUUUAAAUUGAAAAAAAAUUACUCCAUUUUUUUUAAAGGCCAGUGUUUACAUUAAACACAAGAAAUCAUUCAUGUGUUUUUCUAAUGCAGAUGGUCAGUUCUAUUUAAAUCUUAUUAGAAGCUAUUAAAAACAUUUUUAGGUAUGAAAAUUAAAAUCCUCACAUGAAAUUCAGGUAUAUCCAAAGUAAACCUGAAACAAGCUGCUUUCAUCAAAGAAUAUUGAUUUCAAUACCCUUUUUUUUAGCUUUUUGUUAAAUUUAACCUUAACCAUUGAAUGGGAAUUUGUUAACACAUGAAUGGUUUCUGUUGUAAAAGCAAAAUUUCAUAUCUGCAUCUGUAUGUACAAUCAUUACAAUUUAAAAGAUGUAUUAAAUAUUUUUGUAUACUCUACUAUGUAGAGAAUGCUUAGCUUAUUUAUGUAUAAUGCAUAAAAGUAGAUAUAGCUAUAUCCUAUUGGUUUAGAGUUGUCAGUUUAAAUUAUAAAAAAAAGUAUUGGCACAGAUUCAGUUUGAUUAGGAACACAUAGUGGAGUCAAUGAAAUAAAUGAUACAAGAUUUGUUGUGCACUUAACAAUUGUAUAUCUUUAUUAAAAGACUUGUUUCGUUUAAGGUGGUUGAGGGUUUAAAACUAAAAACAAUAGAAUUUUUAUAUACUUUGCCAAAUAGUAGUUAAUAUAUUAUGUUACAUUGUAUCUCAAAAAUUGUAUAAAAAAGUAUUAAGUCACAAAGGUAUUCAAGCUACAGGUUGUUAUUUUGUGAAAUUUAUCAAUUUACCAUGCAAGGUACUGUCAAAUUUUAUCAGUUGAGUUACCUCCCCUGGGAAACUACUUUUGAUUCUUAAAGUUUUUGACAACAAACUACUUUAAGAUUUGAAAUAUGUGUAGUCAUCAUUUAAAUGAUUUAUGCAGUCAAAUUGCAUUUCAAUAUUCUGAAAAAUUAUAUGCAUAGAAUUUUUAAGAACAAACCUUCAACAUCUCUGUGAAGGCAGUGUGAAAUUUUUACACAUGUGUAACUGUUAAUUUUGAUCCCUCCCCAUUUUUUGUGGAAUAUUUGCGUAAAUGCUUGAUUAUUUUUUUAAUCAGAAACUAUUGCAUGAGACUGGAGGGCAUUUUUUAUCCCUGUUGGAGAAGGCUUAACACUAUAUUUCCCACUUUUUGUUUGAUAAAGUACACCUAAUCUUUGUAAAAGAAGUUUUUUUUUAUUCUUUGUAUAAACCCAUACUACUGUAUUUAGCUAAAGAGCUUCCUAUAAAUUGCUCAUUUAUUUUCCAUAGUAUGUAAAGAUCCCUCUAAUUUAAAAUCAAAUCUUUAAGAUAAUGAACAUCAUCCUUUACUGAGAACUAUAGUUAGGAAAUGAAAUGAAAUGAGAUGAAACCAAUUUUAAUUUUUAUACUGGAACAUAGUAAACAUGUUCAUUUAAAAGUGUAUUACAUUAUCUUCCAGAAGAGUGGUCCUUGAACACAGGAAAAUGAUUGAUUGAUGAUCCCUAAUUUAUUUUGGUUUGUAUAAUUCUGAAUGUGCCAGUAUGUCAUAAUUACAUAAGCCUUUCUGUGAUACUACUUUUUGUCACCAAAUAUGUUAUUUUAUGGGUAAGUUAUGCUUUAGUUCCAAGAAUGAAAGAAAAUAACGAACACAUCUUUGUACUGCUAAGGUUAACAUAGUGUGUAUACAGUAAAUUGCAGUUUUCAUUGCACAAGUUCCAUACAGAUUUCAGUGACCAGAAAUGACUCUUUUCAUUGAACAAGAAGUAUUACAGUUUUUACAUGGCUUACAAUACAUCAUGUUCACUAGCUUAUAAUUUAUUUAAACUCACCUUGGGCAUUGUAUAGUGAUAUGAUGUGGUUAAAACCUAAACCAUAUAAGUGUGAACAAAAUCUUGCAAAUUGUCAAUUCUAUUUUUAAUUUAUUAAAUGAAGAGUGUUUCAAAAAAUUUAAAGGUGUCAAAACUAAAAUACUUAACACAUGUUUAUAUGUCUACAUAAUAAAAUUGGACCUGACCUUUUGCAAGAAAAAAAUUACACUUGCCUGAUAUUGUAGAGUAAUUGGAUGAGGUUUUACAAGGUUUGAAAAAGUAAAAAAAAAUAUUGGAAUGUUGACAUUUACCUCAGAAACAUGUUAUUAGGUUACAAAUAUGAACUUUCAUGUAGCAUUAAAAGUGUUUUCUUUUAAGGUAUUUAGAUGUUUUGUGAAUUCAUGUAUUGUGUUGAAAUUGUGCUUAUUAUUAGUCUUGCCACUGCCACAAAACUUGUAUAGCUUUUUAUUUUUUGAAUUAUGUAGACUCACCUUUGGCUUUAUUUUUAAUCUUUAACAAUUUGUCUAUUCAAGUCCUGUGUGUAUGAACAGCUAUCAUAAGCAUCUGUAUUUUUGUGUUGUUUGUUGUUUUCUUUCCAAUUUUUUACAAGAAAACCAAUUUGAUUGAUGGAUACAAAAUAUUCAUAGUUUUCUGACGAAGUCAAAAAAAGUGCCCAUUUGUAUGUAUAUUUUAUUGUUGCUUUAUUUAAAACUUGUUUAGAAUUAUUCAACUUACACAGUUUGGUGAACUUAAACUUCUUUGAGUGGUUUAGACUAUGGUAGGCCACAUGAUAUAAUGGGUUGAUCAAGGAAUCGUUAAAAUGAAUAAAAAUAAAAACUGUCAAUGAACUCUUUAUAGUAUGAGUUAAUAACAAAAGCAUUGUGACAUUUGAAAAGUAUGAGGAAAUACACAAAUGUGAAUGUCAUCUAUAGAAAGAGUCCAUAACAUUAUAUUCUAGAAAAGAUUUCCCUUUUUAUACGACCGCAAAAAAAUUUUUGUGGUCGUAUAUUGGUAUGACGUUGGCGGCGUCGUCGUCGUCGUCGUCGUCGUCGUCCGGCGUCGUCGUCCGAAUACACAUUAGUUUUCGCACUCUAACUUUAGUUUAAGUCAAUGGAUCUCAAUGAAAUUUUACCAUAAGGUUCAAUACGACAAAAGGAAGGUGGGGAUUGAUUUUGGGGGUUAUGGUACUAACAGUUAAGGAAUUAGGGGCCAAAAAGGGGCCAAAAAUAAGCAUUUCUGUAACUUCCAGACAUAACUUGUGUGUAAGUAUAUGGAUCUCUCUGACAUUGUACCACAAGGUUCCAUAUCACAAAGGGAAUGCUGGGAUUGAUUUGGGGGUAAUUGCCUCCAAAUUUUAGGAAUUAGGGGCCAAAAAGGGGCAAAAAACAAGCAUUUUUCUAGUUUCAUGACAAUAACUUGUGUGUAAGUGUAUGGAUCUCUCUGACAUUGUAUCACAAGGUUCCAUAUCACAAAGGGAAUACUGGGAUUGAUUUUUGGGGGUAAUUUCCUCCAAAUUUUGGGAAUUAGGGGCCAAAAAGGGGCAAAAAACAAGCAUUUUUCUAGUUUCAGGACAAUAACUUGUUUGUAAGUGUAUGGAUCUUUAUGAAAUUGUACUGCAAGGUUCCAUAUCACAAAGGGAAAGCUGGGUUGGAGUUUGGGGGUAAUUGCCCUAAACGUUUAGGAAUUAGGGGCCAAAAAGAGACAAAAAAGCAAGCAUUUUUCUAGUUUCCAGACAAUAACUUGUGUUCAAGUGAAUGGAUCUCUCUAAAAUUGUACUGCAAGGUACCAUACCACAAAGGGAAAGCUGGGAUUGAGUGUGGGGGCGAUGAAUCAUAAGGGGGUUCAAAAAAUUUGGGGGGGGGGGAUUUUUUUUUCCUUUUUUUUCUUUAAAAUUUUCCAUUUUAAAUUGGUUAUUUCUGAUUUAUAUAUAAAAGCAAAUAAUAAUGAUAUGGUUUGAAUAGCAUACAUGUGAACCUCCCGACAGGUGUACAAUAAUCCUGUUUUCAGGAGUCUCCUCCUGACGUCCGGUUGAAGAGGAAAAUUAUAAUCCCGUGUAUGAAAUUUUUCAUGAAUGAAAAAUUUCUGCCCAACAUAUCAUCUCAGGCAUCUGGUGUAACUCACAUUACCUGAAGUUAUAUUUUACCUGUAAAUCAAUUAACAUGCAUAAUUAUAUGGCUUCACUUGUCAGCUUGGGUGUCAAACAUACUGGUAAUCAAUGAUUUUUUACCUCAGGCUAACUGCCGUUGUGUAACAAAAACUGUGUAUUUAUUGGGUUACUUCCCUUGAUUUAUCCUGUUUUAAGUUACUUUCCUUUUAAUAAUGAAAAUUUUUAAAAGAAUAUAAAUAAAAUAUAAAUUGAACAAAUAAUCAUAAAAGGAUGGUAAAUAAAUAAUUUUAAAUGUCUUAGGACAAAUAAAACAAUAAUAAUUUGAAAAUUAUUUGAGGAUUCUAUACUUCCUUUCAAGGCUUAAAUUGAAAUUUAUAUAAUAAUUAUGACCCUUUGUUUUACAGUUAGAAUGAUUUUCUGAGUAUGCAAACAAAAGCUAUUUGCAGAUAGUUAAACAAAUGUUCUGGUUGCAAUAAAUGUUUUAUAGAAUAUGAAGUAAAAAAUUUAAAGAACAUACUGAAAAAAAAAAAUGUUAGAUUGAACAUGUAAAAUAUAAAGAUGGAGAAACUUUAUAAGUACAAGGGUACUAUAAACAUAAUAAAUUGGAUGGAAAGUUGAAGAAAAUACACUUUAAAAGACCAUUUUUACAGCACACGGUUACAUUUACGACAAAAUUUAUGUCGAUUAAAAACCUCCUGAUCUGAGUCCUAAUCUCCUGACCAAAAUUUCCCAAUCUCCUGAUCUGAGUUUCACAGUCCAUCACAUGUAUGAAUAGGUAAAUUAAAAAAUUAUAAGUUCUUAGACCACUUUCAUUCUGUGUCAGAAACCUAUGCUGUGUCAAAUAUUUAAUUACAAUCCAAAUUCAGUGCUGUAUCAAGCUUGAAUGUUGUGUCCAUACUUGCCCCAACUGUUCAGGGUUUGACCUCUGCGGUCGUAUCAAGCUGCGCCCCAGCAGAGCAUUUUAUUUGAUAUUAGAUAUGUACCCCGACUGGCAAGACCCUCAUGGGUAGUCAAAGGUUGUUCAAAGGUCCUGUAGUAGUUUUUACACCCCUCCUUCCCCAAACAAAUCAAUUUGUAUUUUUUUGCAUAGCUUAUUUAAUUUAUUUAUUUAAUAAUAUACAGGUAUUACAAAUUUACUUUGCAGUUCCCAUAGACUUACAAUCAUCAAAUGAAUAUGUGUUAUGGUAGACUAUGUCUUAAUUGAUUUUGUAUAUAUGAUUCUUGAAACAUUUUAGUGCUGCAUAUUUUAAUUUCCAGUGUAGUUAUUAUAUUUUAUAAUGGGAAUUACGUAUUUUAUAUAGUCAAUAUCUAAGAGAUGAUAUGGAAGGUGUAUUAAAUUUAAUGAGUUUUGAUUAGAUUAUCUUUGUGUGAGAGAGUUCAUGAUUGAAAUACGUACUAUGAUUGAUCAUACCAGGAUUGAUCGACAGUAAACAGUUUAAGAGAUGCGGUUUUCUUACAUGAUAUUAAAUCCAAAAUUUAUUUCUCAGAAGUUCUGAGGGUUUUGGGAUGUUUGAAUUCUACUCUUACUUUUGAAAGUUAAUUCAUUGACUAAUUCUGUUUGAUGAUUAAUGGGACCAUUACAGAAUUUUAUUUCACAUUUGAUUAAUAAAUGUAAUAUGGUUUUAAACAUGAAUUCUGAUUAAAAGAUAGAUUUUACUCUUUAAGAUGCAGAUUUUACUGUUAUUUCCACGGUAUUUUCACUACUGGCAUUGCCAUUUUUGCUUCUUUUUUGGUUUUUAGCCCAGACAAAAUCAUAAAUCUUCUCUUUGAUUUAGAUGGAACAAAAUGCUUGACCAGAUGAAAAAACAAAUACAAUGCAAGUAGUUUUAUUCAGGCAUGUUAAUUUUAGCUAUUGAAAGAAAAAGACAUGAUUCCUGGAAUUUUUAACUUGUAUAAUCAUACCUUUUAAAGAACAUAUUUGUAAAAGUUUGUAUUUAGUUCCAGAUUAUUAAAUUUUGUGGGUUUAUGAACUUGGUACACAAGGAACGGUAAUUUUUGACCAGUAAUGAUUUCAUGAAAUUCAUUAGAUUAAGGGUAAAAGCCACUGUUAGGUAUAACUUGAACUGUUUCAGGUCAUGUGUGAUUUUAUUCAGGAUUCAACAAAUGUGAUGGCGACAGAUGUUUUGUAUGUUAUUCAGGGGAGAUGACUCAUCUUAGUCUUUUUUUUGGAGAAGGUAGGCCUGUUUAAAUUGUCACUUUUACUAUUUUGAGAUUGUUAGGUGUUGAAAUCACUGUGGUAUAUGGAACUGCCUGAUUUGAUUGACUCUUGCUUAAUAUCAACUAAGCUCAGCCUAAGUAAUUGCAUUUUUUUUGCUUUCAACACCCACUUUUCUCCAAUAGUUCUUGUAACAAUUUGGAUAGAAUUGAUUACUUGGAAGAAAAAAGAAAGCAGGUGAAAUGUCUUUGUUGUAAGAUAAGGAUUGAUGGGAGUAUGCAUUUCAAUUGUUUUGAAUUAAUGAUUUGUAUCUAUUUAUCAGGCUGUUGCCAGAAACAUUAUGUAAAUAAUAAUUUGAUUAAAAUAUCUGUUGCAAA